GUCGCUACGCGAAUGUUUACGGGAGGAAAGAGCUGAUUACAUUUAGAGAGUUGCGAGAAAUUUUGAUGCAUUUGUUCGUAACAAGCGGCCUACAGACGCGAAGGGAGGAGACACGAGGUUGAGAAACGAGAUUCGAUAAGGAUCACGGAACAAGAGGGAGUAGAGAGCAAACGACAUCAAUAUCGACGUUUACAUGCCUCGAGUCGACCUAGCGGAAUCUACGAGGCGUAAAAACGCGAUCCGUGACGAUUGCGUUGAAGUCUAGAUUUCCAACAGAGGGUUGCACGGUAAAUCGUCACGGUGUGUGGAUUGGGGCGAAUUCUCGGCUACAUCGGCGGACGACCGUCGGUGGGGGCCGCCAGUAUGUCGCAGUCCGGCUCAGGAGGGGUGAACGACAGUCAGGGCCAGAAUCAGGUUGGACAAACGAUGGAGAAUCAACAGACAGCGUGUCAGAACGGCCGGGCCGAGCCGCCUGCCGAUAAUGCCAAGCAGGAUUUGUCCAACGGCUUUGAAAACCGUACCAUGGAGUACGACAGAUUCUCUCAGGACAGGGCUCAGCAGAAUCAGUUGGCUGGCCACAGUCAGGAGCAACAGCAACAGCAACAACAAACUCAGCAGACUGGUCAAUAUCCGACCUGUGGAAGGAAGCAACCCGUGGUCGGUGUUCCCGAGGACAGACAUCCGCCUACUGGACAACUUCCGCCCCAGCAAUACGGUCAGGAAAAGUCUGCCCUCGAGAGGACGCAACAAGUCUCUCAAACUAGCACUCAAACUCUGCCGGUUCAAGCGCAACCUCAGUUCAUGCCUGAUUACGAUCAGACUCAAUACACGCAGAUACGGAGCCAGUUCGAGGUGAGACCUCAGCAGAUGUAUCCUCAGCAAGCUCAGUACGCGGAACGAGCCGGUUACGUGACGAGGGACGUGACGUACAGGGACCCGGCGCUCUAUCAAGGUGGCGCAGCAAAUCCGAUGUUCACCGGGCAAGGUCAAUACGUGACCGUCCAACACGGUUCUCAAAUGCCUCCACAAUCCACCAGCCCGCAGCCACCCUACUUUUCAGGUGUUGUCGUGCCUCAACCACCGCCCAGUUACGCUCAAUUCAGCGCGCAACCUCAGUACUCUUACACCCAGUAUCCUCAAACGGUCAUGAACGCGGUCCCCUACGCCGGGAUGUAUCCGGCUCAACAGUUCGGCCAGCAAUCGCCGAAUCCGCAACGAUUCUCCCAGGAACUGGGACAGUAUCAGACUCAGCCCAUCAUUCAACCGAUCGCGCAGAACGUGAGCCACGGCCUAGCGAUCGCGACUACCGAGAGGCCGAAUCGCGGACCGAAACCGAUGGUCCCUCCGCGGGGCAAUUCCAAGAUCACCCACGACACGGGCCACAGAAAGUCGGCGAGCGUGGACGUUCCCGGCCUGCAGAAACCGAAAUACGAUCCGAAUCAGAAUCCGCCGCAAGAGCAGAUUCACCGGAGCGACGGGGCGAUAAUCGUGCAGGGGGCGCAGAUCGUGGCCGACGCGCAGGACAGAAGAUACCUAACGACCAUCAAUCAGAACCCAAGGACGAGACAGGACGGCCUGUACGUCGACACGAACGGAGAUCCGCCUGGCCGAGAAAAACUGUGCGAGCCCGUGGCACCGGAUUGCGGCCUCUACGUGACUGCUAGGCCCGAACAUAGGAAAUCCAUCUCCGUGGACGUUACGUCGAGCUUCCAGCGUCGUAACGACACGAUCACGUUCACGUUCCCCGGCGAUAGCAAUCAGGAGAUAUUAAUACCAGCGAGGAAGGCCGGAACCAUGGUGGAUCCGAAACGAGUCGAAGCCAACCAAGUGUAUCCGCCUGAUCAAAGGCGAUUGGACACGAGCUUGAGGGUAUCGCCGAUGGCUUUCGAUACGAGACAGGAGAAUAGAAAGAGCAUAGGAGCCGAUAGAAAAGCCGAAUGGGGUAACGUAAGCCCUAAUCAAAGAGUCACCAUGUCGCAGGAGAACAGACGGUCCGAUUACUUUGACGAGCACAGGAGGUCGCCGAUGACCAUAGAAGGUAAGAGAAUCGAGGACGUUAGGAGAUCUCCGAUGCCGUUCAUGCCGAUCCGCGAGGGAUCCGCGGAUCGUGCCGGGCAGAAGAGCCCGUCGUUUGUGAAUCAAAAUUUCGAGAAAACCAGGCAAGAGUUGACGAUAUGGGCCGAACAGCGACAACGGCAGGAGCACGAGAGGAACAUGAUGCAGAACCAAAUGAUCUCCACCAGCCCGCGUUCGCGCAACCAGUCCGAAGAGAGGAGAGAUCCCAGGCAAAUGCAUCAGGCGGAUGAUCGCAAGGAAGCCAGAAUGACUCAGUCGGCUUUUCAACCUAUUCCGAACAUCAGCCAGAGGACCAUAAUGGAGCAACGUCGACACUUGCGCCACGUCAGUGCCGAUCUAACGAAGCACAUGGAACUCUCGAGGAAGGAGUUCGACGAGCAGCCAAUCAGCGGAUCCGUGGCGAAUCUCGGACCGCCUGCUAGCACAGCUCCGUCUCAAAGAGCCAGUCCUAAUAUAUGCCAUCAAUACCCGGCCCUCAGCGAGGCCAAGUUGGACACCAAAGCUGUCCUCACCGUAGUAACGGACUUUGGUGAGACCUGCUUGGACAAGCCGAUCGAUCAAGUGGACCACAUAAUCCACAGCCAUCGUAAAAGUCACAACAUCUCGAGCAGCUUACUGACUCACAGCAAAAGCCAGAACGACAACCUUCAGGGGCAACUGGAAUGCCCGCAGAACGAAAAACCCGACGGCUUGACACCGCAACAGCAACAGCUGCAGAAUCAACAGAGCCUCGACUUAAUCUCCGAGAAGCUCAGCCAGUUCGAGCGUCAACAGAGCGACCUCCAAGCGAAGUUGCAAUGUCUUCAGAAUCAGAAUCAAAUCCUCGAUAAAGUUGCGCAGUUUCAACACCAACAGACCGACCUGCAGGCCCGUUUGCAGAGCCUGCAGGCGCAGAACCAGCUGUGCGACAAGUUGCAACGAUCGGCCGAUUUUCCGCCGCACCCGAUCGGAAACGAGAUUCACCAGAUGCAAUCCAACUCGCUGCCCAACCACCAAGAACAGCCGACCGACAAGAUCUGCACGUCGCAGAGCCAGAACGCACAGCCGCACAGCCAUCAUCAGACGUUAUUGACCGCGUCCUACGCGCCCAACUCUAAUCACCAAUCCUGCCAAUCGUCCGUCUGCGAGAAACUAUCGCCCAGGCUUCAACACGAUACCACCGACCCGAAUUCUAUUCAAGCGGCGAACAUGUCGCAGAUGCCACUGCCGUGUCUCCCGCAAUUCGAACGCGCCGACACCUCGCGUACCUCGUUCUCGCAGUUCCAUCGGCUUCAGUGCCAGAUCGAUGGCCACGAGGGCGUUUCAGCGCCGUCCAGCGCUGCGUCCACCGCUUCCUUCACCGGGACGUUGAAGAAAGUACCUCCGGAGAAACCACCGAGAACAUCGCUGAUCGUUCAAUCGCCGGAGUCAGAGAGCAACAGGAGCCAGCCAGCCAUCGGACUGAAGCAAACGCCGAAGGCGCGGCCAACCAUUUUCGGCACAGUGGCCUCGGACCUGAACCCAAAGGAUGGCAACAGUCGAAGGGUAAGCUAGAAACUGUGCUUAGUUAUGGCGCGUUGUUAGCUACGAAGUUCAACAAUGAGUAAGUAACAUGAUAAAGCAAGUGUUUAGCUGUUCGCAAUUUCGGGAUUGAGAGGAGACGCGAGGAGAGAAAUAACAUUUACAACGGUGCGAUGGUUUUAUGAAUUAUGCAUUCCGCGAUUUAUAAAUAAUUCAUCCGUCAGUGAAUAAGAUUGCGGUUGGAUAGGUUGUUCGCGUAACGAUAUACGAUAUUACCAAGCAAGCUUCAUUCACGACGUAUCAGUUUCAUUUAAGUGAUCGAUAGACAAGUUUCUCGUGUAUCUGUCAGUUAUAGUUACCAUUAAAUAGUAUUCGAACGAUGAUAGAUCAGAUAUCGACACCGAAAUGAUACCGUAAGUUAUUUCCAUCCAUCAAACGACUGUCGCC